UGAAGUUUGAACCCUUAAAAGCAAAGUCUUUUUUUAGUUACACAAGCGCAUAGAUUCAUACAGAGUUUAGAGAGGUUACGUACACAGUGAUUGAUGUUUGUAACUUUGUAUGCCGCAAAGGGUAUCUCUUUCUUUCUCUCUCUGUCAUUGUUUUCUAUUCCUCAGAUAAAACCACAGCCAAGCAAUACACCUAGACUCUAGUAUGGAUUGUCAUGGCUCUGUAGCUUCGUUUACUCCAAGUCUCUGCUCUGUUGCUCUGAAUUUCGUCACUUUCCGGCAAGGAAACCCCAUUUCCCGGCUAGUGUGUCAGAUUCUGGAGCUCUAGUCCCUCAUUUUUUGACCAAUUCAAGGUUUCUGAGUCUACAAAAAGGAAGCACCACACCACGCCUCAUAUCAUUGUGUGGUGGAAAUUGAAUCGUGGAGCUGAUGGGGCACUUAUCCUCCAUGUUCAAUGGGCUGGCGAGGUCGUUUCCCUUCAAAAGAGGAAAGAACUCUGGGACUUGUAGUGGAAGAGAUGCUGUAGAGACAAUGGUAAAGGAGGCAAAGAAGAAUGAAUUGAUUUUACGUAGUUCUGGUGUUGUAAAUGUUGAUGGUUCUAACAAUUUUGCCUCAGUUUUCUCUAAGAGAGGCAGGAAAGGAGUGAACCAGGAUUGCUGCAUUGUGUGGGAGGAAUUUGGAUGCCAAGAAGACAUGAUGUUUUGUGGGGUUUUUGAUGGGCAUGGAGCAUGGGGCCAUUUUGUGGCAAAAACAGUCAGAGAAUUGAUGCCACCAUCUUUACUAUCCAAUUGGCAGGAGACACUCGCUCAAAAUUCUCUUGACCCAGAAUGUGACUUGGAAUCUGAUAAAAAGCAUCAUCAGUUCAAUACAUGGAAGCAUUCCUACGUACAAACUUGUGCAGCCAUCGAUAAAGAACUUGAGCAGCAUCGUAAAAUUGAUUCAUUCAACAGCGGGACAACUGCCCUCUCAAUUGUCAGACAGGGUGACCUCAUUAUUGUUGCAAAUGUUGGCGACUCUCGUGCUGUAUUGGGUACCACUUCAGAUGAUGGAAGCUUGGUACCAGUUCAGCUCACUGUUGAUUUCAAGCCCAAUUUGCCUCAGGAGGCUGAGAGGAUAGUUCAGUGCAAAGGGCGAGUGUUCUGUCUAAAUGAUGAGCCAGGGGUGCACAGGGUCUGGCUGCCAGAUGAAGAAUCACCAGGACUGGCAAUGUCUAGAGCCUUUGGUGAUUACUGUGUAAAGGGCUUUGGACUAAUUUCUGUGCCAGAGGUGACACAGUGGAAUAUAACUAGCAGAGACCAAUUCGUCGUGCUUGCAACUGAUGGGGUAUGGGAUGUUAUCUCCAACGAAGAAGCUUUACAAAUUGUAUCUUCAACACCAGACAGAGCCAAGUCAGCUAAACAUCUGGUUGAGUGUGCUGCACAUGCGUGGAAGCGCAAGAGGCAGGGAAUUGUCAUGGAUGAUAUUUCAGCCAUGUCUCUUCUUUCACUCUUCUUUGCAAGUUCAUCCUGUUAAUACACAAGAAACGAAAUGUAAAUGUCAUGUUGAUUCCUCUUUGCACUUCAAUGUAAUCUUGAUUUGAUCUAAUCUAUUGGAAAGAUUUCAUGCUGACAUGAUGCCUUCAUUUGCAAGUCAAGAUGUCAAUUUAAUAAGGCAAGGGUGAGUUACUCCAACCAAUAAUAAGGGAAAAAAUAUAUACAAUGUCAUGACCUAGGGGUAAUAACAAUCAAUUUUAUUCUAGUUAAAUGGAAUUUAAAGAAGGGUUCCAUGAUUAUGUAAUGUGCAAUAUUAAAUGGGUUAAUUAGACGGUCUUAAUGGAAAGGAGCAGAACGCUUUGUAUCUUAAUUAAGGUGAUUAUAUAGAAUAAGAUUUUGUUGUCA